UUGUAUGCCAAAUCGAGGCGGCAACGCCAGGCCGCUCAGGCACUCACACACUCACGCACACACAAAACAUACACGCCGAUCAAUCGGUGCAAGAGCGCUGUAUUUAUAAUUUUAUUUUUAUUUGCAAGCGGCCGGCAUUGAUGAAAUAGAGAUGGAGUGGCACGAAGUGGAGUUGGACGGUAGCCGCACGAUUGCGUUCCCGGAGCGCAUAGUACCCGGAUUUGGCCGGGAGCCGUCGGCACAUUUGGACGCCGCCGAAUACCUGGGCGGCAUCAUACGCGACGGGCAAUGGGGCUGGGUGACCUGGCGGUAUGGAAGCGAUGCCACUUUGCUGGUCUGCAGCAUGUCCACCGGCGAUUACCUUUCUUGGCACUGCUUCUGGAGCGAAUCCGAUGAUCUGGGGCCGCGCAAAAGCAUUCGCUGCGUGGAGGAGCUCUUCCCCGGCGAACACGAACGCCCCGCUAUGCUAGCCAUCUGCCUGGAGUCAUGGAACAGCGGCGAUCAGAGACCCAUCGACUGCCCGUUGAGCACGCAGGUGCUCAUCUAUGCCAUUCGCAACAGUCAGGUGCUCCGCCGCUUCGACCUUCACGGUAUAACGUGCAGCGCGCUGACGUUCCUCGAUAAAAGAAUCUAUGGACUCACGCGACUGAGACGGUUUAAAGGCUGUCUGGCCGUGGCCACCGAGGAAGGCACUGUGCUGUUGGUUGAUCUGAACAGCGACAGCCUGCAGGCGAGUACCCAAAGGCGCAGCCUUUGCUCCCCCAGUUCCAAAGAUGAGCCGUCGGACGGGAACCUAUACUUUGUAUCCUCCGAGGAGUCCAAGAGGCAACUCAGCUCCAAGCUGACCCAUUGUCGCUCCAAAGGGGCUCACUUGGCUGUGCGGAUGGACGUGGCAUCCAUUGGAAUCAGUUGCCUUAUGGGCAUUAGCAUGGCGCCCGGCUAUGCUGCUGGUCUAGAAGACGGCCGAAUCCUGAUCUACGACCUAAUCAACUUCGACGUGACCACUGAUCUGAAUUCGCCAGUAAAAAGGAAAGGGGUCAAUAGAGCAGUGAAGCGAAUGUGCCUCAUUAUGCCACCGGAUGACCCCAAACCCUGUUUCUACAUCUGUGCAUUGUACCAAAAUAUCGACGUCCUGCAAAUGAUGCUGCACUCGGUCUGCUACAGGGGCUCGUACCGGGACCGGGAAACCCACACGAUCCGUUUUAAGGACUACCGUUCUAGAACCGUGCGCAACCGCCAAAUCUUGGACGGAGGCAUCUGCUCCGUGAUCGGCUGCGCCACGGCGUCUACUUUCAGUUUUGCCGGCGACAACGGAACGCUGCUGAUUGUCAUCUCGUGGCACUCAAGUGCAGAUAAAAAGAACAAGCUAGUCCUGUUCGACAUUAAUCAGUGGUACAAGGAUGAGAUGCCCACAUCCGUUCACAAAAACGAAGUUCCUAAUUACAUGUCCGGCUACAUACUCAGUGGUCUACAGACGGGACUGGCAUUGGAUUUGCGUUCCACCACCAUAUUGCACUUUGUCUCACUGCAGCGCUACGAUGAGCACUUUUAUCCCAACUCACUAACCUUUGAUUGCUCACUGUUAACUCCAACUGGCAAACGGUACUACGCCCAGGACGGAGUGCAGCAUCGGUUUCUGAACGCACUUCGCUGUGAUCGUGCCACGCUCUUUUUGCGUCCUCAGAUCUACCACGAGGACAUCGUUCGCCUGCGUCUCCUGCCACAAUUUUGUGAGCUUAACCCUAACGCCACAUUCUCUAAGAUUGCCAUGUACGAGUUGAUACUGUCGGUGGCCCUGGAGCACAACUGCGGAGCUUUGCUUAACGACUGCGCACGGAGUUGGAUGGAUGGCAGCUUCUUGUGCAACAUGAUUGAUAACACGCAACUCUCCUUGUCCACGCUGACCAACUGGAUCUUGAAGCGCGCCGGACAGAUCAAGACGAGGUGCUCGGAACUUUGCCAUGGCAUCUUUGAUUACGGCGGCUAUCCACUGGACCAGCGGGAACGGCGCGAGUUUCAAGUGCUAUCCGGUCAGCUGCGUGAAUUGGUACGAUUGCAGUCCUACAUUGUCGAGCAGGGACGGCGCAGGCUAACCUCCUCAAUUUUGGACGAUUGCCGUGCCAACGAGAGGGCGCUGAAAACGGUUCUCGAGUACCAAAGAGUGCUGCUUUGGUUUAUCGAUCACGGCCUCCUGCCGGAGGGUCAGCACAUGGAUAAUCUGGUACCCGGCGAGCAGGCCUUCGUUCGCCUGCAACACGAGUACUCGGAAAAACGAGCGCAGGGAAAGAUCCUCUACAUUGAUUCUCUGGGAAAACGCGCCUCCUUUCCGGAACCCUAUCCGCCGGACUCGCUGCAUGCGUAUAUACACUUGAUGCUCAGUCCCGACAUAGAACUCUGUCACAAACAUGCUCUUAUCCUCUACCUGCUGAUGGACCUGAACCAACAGCUGGUCGGGCGCUUUCAGAUUGCCUUUCAGCUGGACAAAGAUCUGGCCACGUCAUUGCGCUGCUUCUGGUACUUGGACCACGGCGAUUACGAGCGAGGCGUAGAGGAGCUAUACAAGGAGCCUGCCCCCGCUAAGAACUUGAAAUCGUGGCAGAUGCGGCUGUUAAUAGAUAAACUGCUGGCUGAAGGUGCCGUCAAGGCAGCCAAGAAGGUGGUCAGUCGACCACCCGGUCCAUUGUCCUCGGCGCUGCACAUGAAAGUGCUCCUAGCCAACGAAAACAUAACGGAAGCAUUCCAAAUCGCUCGCCUCGACGACGACGAGGAUGGACAGCCGCUGCUGGAGCGCUUCUUCCGCCACUGCAUUGAAAUCAGACGCUUCAAAGUUUUGGCCGAGCUGUACCUGCGAGAGCCAGAGGAACGGCUGUUGUACAGUCUACUGCGCCAGUGCAGAUCGCGUCAGACGGAUUGCGUGCAAUUGAUAAUGCUGCUUCAAAAGAGCAAGUUCAUCGAGGCCGUGUCCUUUAUGGAUGAGGUGGCCGCCGAGCGGGAGCGAGAUGAAUCAUCCAAUACAAUACUCCCAGCAUACAGCGCUACAAUGGGACCAGUUACACAGAACAUCGCCGGCACGUAUCUUCGCAUCAGAGACACCUUGGAGCCCUACCAAAAGACCGGUCCCUUGGAGCCAUUCAGCUGCCAGCUGGUCAAACAGAACGCCAGCGGCCAAUUGGGCGGCAUCUUUCAGAGUUCUGCCGUCAGUGCCCACUGGGCAACGCAAUGCGAGUCCCCUCCAAAGAUGACUCCCGUUUCGAUCCAAUCAAAAAUAGGCUACACCAAUGUGCCAUUCCUGCGGCACGCGCAAUACGGACAUUCGGAGCUUCCACUUCCUCGGCGCAUAGUAAAGCCGGUACCACACCAGGUGGUGGAGAAACGACAGCGGGAGCUAGAGGAUCAGCGUACCAAUCUACAGGACCAGAGGCAGCUAGGCACGGAGCGUCCCAAUAAGCGUCCUUGUCUGAUGGUUGAACGAAUGGUGGAGGAUGUUAAAGACUAUGUGAGAUCCAUUCGAGAAAAAAGUUCGAACCAAAUGGAGCAGGAAGAGGUCAAGCAAAACGAGGCGACCAAUCUAUUGCAGCCGCCAAAUUUCCUCCAGGCGCGACAGUCGACGACGAUACGCCAGAGCAGCAGUUCGCCACAGCCGAUUCCACCGAUCCUGAAGGGAAGCGGGGCCGUGGAUGCCGUUAAGAGAGCUCCGCCGGUGGCUACAUUCACAGCGCUGGCGGGGCCAAAAAGAUUUCGCUUUGUGCCGCCCAUUCCUCUGCGAACUGAUAAAUCUGAUAAAUCGACGGAGAUGGGCAGCGAAGGUGCGGCUGAGGGUGAGGAGGAAACUGACGAGAUCAUUGUGGAGAUCGAGUCAAGAAGCGAACCAAGGAGCGCCUGCAGCUAUGAGUCCGACGAGGAGGAUGAGUUCCUCUCGCCUUUAGUAUCGGCCAAUGUGUCUUUGGUGGAUCCGGUACCAUCGCGGAAUUCUCCUCAUUAUUUCGCCCCACCAGCAGGACCACAGCCCCGAAACUCAUUGCUACAUGGGGGAAAUGGAAGCGGUAGCAAGAUUGGUACUGCAACAGGGAGCGAGAGUAGUAGUGGAUUCGGUAGCUUCAGCACUGUCCAGCCGGCUCAGACGUCAUCACAUUCCCAGUUUGUGCCCACCGUCUGCUCGUCCAAGAUGGGCGAGACGCAGUCACAGGUCUUCUCCAGCGGCAGCUGUGGGAUUAAGAUUUCCGAGCGCACUACCAUCUGUGGCGAAAUGGAAUCCACCGAUCUUGGUGCAGAAUUGACGGCCGCACCCAGCGCACAGUGGUCUCUGCCAUCAGCAAGGCCGGCUAUACAGGGGCACCACCAGAUGAUGGACACCACGCUGGGAAUGUCCACUUACGAUGUGGCGUCACUUGAGCAGCAAGAUACUCAGGAUGUGGAGAACGAAGAGGAACUGAAGCUGGGUGACACAAAAUCGCUUGAGGAGCAACAGAAUCCACAGGACGAGCAGAAGCCGGAGCAAGAGCAGGAUCAGGAUGAGGAUCAGGCGCAGGAGCCUUUGGCGACCGGUGGUCAGCUGGCGUUCCUAAGCAACUCAGAAGGAACGGCCCAGGAGCCCCUCUCCUCGCCCAUCUACAGCCUCAGUAGCGAAGACUCGAACGUGUCCUCGGCCGGCAUUCGGAAUCCCAUGCUGCCAACACUGCACACCGAUGACCCAAUGUACUCCAUCGUUGUUGAGUCGCCGGGCUCCAUAACCACAUCCCGAUCGGUUACGCACACGCCCACCUCAUUCCUGCCCAGCGACACGAACGUAUCACAGACAUCUAGUCCGCAGGCACCUCAUGGCGAGGAUGGAGAUGGCACGCCGAUCUCAUUGUACCGCGCCAAUAGUCUGGAAACGGUUGACGACCUGGACACCACCAAGGGCUCGCUGGAGGAAGAGGAGGAGUACGACGAUGAUGAUUGCGUCAUAGCGCUGGAUGGAACAGAAGUGCGCGGCUAUGUCGCCCGACCCCAGCAAUCGGCGGCCUCCAGCAGUGCGGAGCUGUUCGCCUUCAAGGACGAAUGUCAGGAGGAGGCGGCUGGUGUCCCCAGUCCAUUCCUUUCGCUGGGCGCCACGGUCAACAGCGACUCGGAUGUGGCCGACACCAUUGUCCUAGAUAGCGAUGAGGAGACGGCGAAGGAAAAGGAUACUCAGCCGGAGCAGCGAAAGGAUUGGCCAAUGGAGGAGGAGACCCCGAGCAACGAGUCAGUGGCCACAGUUGAGUUUAGCGAGCAAAAGCAGCCACGUGCCGAUAUGGAUAUCGGGAUGGAAGUGGAUGCGGUGCCGGACGUGCUGGAGGUGCUGGAGGUGCCGGAGAUGGAACCCUUGCCAGUACUUUCCGAUGUGGAUAUCGAGAUGGCGGUGGAUGAGGUGCCGAACGUGCUGGAGGUGCUGGAGGUGCCGGAGUUGGAACCCUUGCCAGCAGGGCAAGCAACGCAGUCUAGUGGUCUUGGGGAAAUUCCAGAAGAGGAUGUCGACGCAGAAGCCGAAGAGCAGGUCGUUGUGAAGGUCGAACAUGUGGCGGAUGAGCAGCCCAAAGAAGGAGACAAGACGGAGAGCAAGGAAGCUUCCGAGGAGGAAACCCAACAUAAUCCAGAACCACUAUUGCCCGAAGAGGAGGAUUCAAGACACAGCCUGAAGCUGAUUUUCUCCGGUGAUGAGGAUGAGGAGGAGCAAGAUGUGCCAACACGGGCGAUUCAUACAUUGCGACCGCGUCGCAGCUUCACGGAGCACCAGGACAGUCCGCGAACUCUGCGACCUCGUCGCGUCUCCCAGGAGCAUCGCGAUAGUCCGACUCCAGUCGCUGGUCGCACGAUGUCUUUGCGCAGCACCGACGCCCCAACUUUAUCGCCCGCAUCCAAUCCACCAGUCUCGACUCCCAAGCGUCGUGGGUUGCAGCACAAAUAUCUGCUGGAGGUGAUCGACGAGCAUAGUCCCUCGGACCUUUCGUUACCGCGCACCCGCUCGCGAACGCGCCUCAGCGUGGACUCGGAGGCAACGAGCUCCAGACCCGGCACGCCCACAAUGACCAAGGCACGCGGCAAGAGGGCCACCUCGCAGGCACCGCCGACGGCGAGUCCCUCUGUCCGGCGAUCAUUGCGCGGCCACAGCGAACCGCCCGCUGCGUUGAGUGCGCAGUUGGUGCGCAAACCGAAGACUGCUCGUGCGGGGGUCAGAUCGCGCAAGACGAGCUCAGGCGUCCAGUCACCAGUCGCCGUCUCUCCGACUCCGAUCGAUGCUCCCAUAGAUGUACCCGAUUCAACUGCACCAGAGGAGGAGCAGCCGCGUCUCCGUCGCACCGCUAGGCGACGCAUCUCGGAACUGAGCGAUCAGUCUGCGAAUGGCACAGGUGACCUUCGCUCGGAAGCCUCCAGUUCUAGGACCGGCUCUAAGUCCAACUCUGCCGCCAGCACGCAGAACCGGGAGCUACGUCCGCGCUUGCGUCGCACCUCCAAGUCGGAGCAUUAGUUAUGCACCCGGAUCACCGGAUCAGCAGACUCAGAAUCGGCUCGGAAGGCACUGUAUUUUUAUUUUUUACUUUGCUUACGUUUAAUAUUUUUAAUUUUAGUUUGGCAUUAGUUUGAGUGUUUAAAUAAAUUGAAGUUAAUGUGGAAUUGAUAGCAUCCACCC